AUGGUAGAUAACUAUUGUGUUGUACCUUUAUUGUGUGUUUUACUUGGACUUGCUGGCAAUGAACUUGCAGCAUUUAUACAGAAUAAACUCGGAUACUAUUAUAAUUCAUAUGCAGGACGGAACGCGGAGAUCAAUUUGGAUGCGAUUUUGAAACUGGUUCGAAAUAGAUCCGUCGUCAGUAGUGGUGGAUGGUGGACAAGUGGAUUCCCUGCCUUUGUCGCUGUUGGCGGAUUAGCUGCUGUUGAGGUAGCCUCUCUCGGAUUAGCCGCUUGGAGGAAGAUCAGACAUCACGCGACCACACAGAAAAAACUGCGAGAAGAGUUAGAAAAUCUAAGAAGAAAAAGCGAUGGUGCUGUUGCUGAGUUAAAAGACCGUGAGGAGGAACUGAUGAGAAGAAAUGAAGAAUUGAAUCGGAACGUUGAGGACAGAGAGCAGCUAAUCCAAGACUUGUGGGCUGGUGAGGAGAAACACAAGGAGGAUGAUGAAGUUUUGGAUGAAAACUUUGAGGUUAUGGAAAUGCUUUUGGAGGAGAAGGAAGCUGAAAAGACUGCUACUGGCCUUACAACGAUGCCAAAAACUGAGAGAGUAACGAGGAAGUCAAGGAAGACGACUCCUCAUAAUAUGCCUGGGAGUCAAGAUGGUCUGGUCGCUGUCAUCCAAGACGAAUUGAAGUACCAGCGAGGCCGAAUUGAAGAAUAUGAACGCCGAGCGAUGAGGGACCUGGAGGAGAAGAUUCGUCUGGAGGAGAGGGUCAGGCGACUUGAGGAAGAGAACAACAACCUCUUACGCCAAAGGGCAGCGCCUCAUAAGGCGGAGAAGGGCGAUGACAGGCACAUUUCAAUUCUCGAGGAGGAAGAAGUCCUCCGCGAGCGGAAGGAUUUGUCAGACGCCCAGAGAAGGAUAUCGUCUCUCGAGGAGAAGCUACAGAGAGAGAAGACGUCGAAAGAAAUGAGGGACCUGGAGGAGAAGAUUCGUCUGGAGGAGAGGGUCAGGCGACUUGAGGAAGAGAACAAUAACCUCAUACGCCAAAGGACAGCGCCUCAUAAGGCGGAGAAGGGCGAUGACAGGCACAUUUCAAUUCUCGAGGAGGAAGAAGUCCUCCGCGAGCGGAAGGAUUUGUCAGACGCCCAGAGAAGGAUAUCGUCUCUCGAGGAGAAGCUACAGAGAGAGAAGACGUCGAAAGAAAUGUGGCAGACGAUGUAUCUUCAACGUUUCCAGCAUGCAGAGGCCGCUGUUAGCCACUUACAAGACAAUGUCAUGCAGCCACCUCGGAACGUUUUUGAUGCUUUCAUGGAAAGAGGGGAUGCAGCAACAAGCUCAGAUUCACUGAAUACAGGAAAUUUGUUUGUAACUGACAUGAUUAUCGGUCUUGAGAAAAAGUUAGAACUUAAUACUCAAAAGAUAGAGGAGACUGACAAUGCCUUGUCUCAUGAUCAGUUCCGUUACAACGUCCACAUAUCCGAGAUCCCUUCGAAGCCUUGA